CAAAGUCCAUAAGUUUCUUCUCAUUGCUAUCAAUAUGGAAAAGCAUGAUGCUUUAUUACAAGUACAUUUAGAAAGACCCAUAUAUGAACAAGAAAGUUUAAAUGAAGAUUAUCAUUAUGAGAAACCAAAAACAUUUGUAUUUCAAGAUGCUGUAAGAGGCUUAAAACAUAAAAACUGGAGAUCAUGUUUUAUGUCUGCGGUCCCAUCAAUACAUUGGCUAAGAGAAUAUGAUUGGAAAGAUAGUAUAAUGUCUGAUAUAAUUUCUGGUUUAACAGUAGCAAUUAUGCACAUUCCUCAGGGCAUGGCUUAUGCACUUUUGGGAAAUGUACCACCAGUGGUUGGCAUAUAUAUGGCAUUUUUUCCUGUUUUAGUAUAUUUUUUCUUUGGCACAUCCAAACAUGUGUCCAUGGGAACUUUCGCUGUGGUUUGCUUGAUGACUGGGAAAACAGUGGGAACUUAUUCAAUGUCACACAAUGAAAUUACAAAUCCCAAUGCUACAAGUAUAUUCUCCAAUCAUCCUGUGGAAUAUUCAUAUACACCUAUACAAGUAGCAACAACAGUCACACUCAUGGUUGGAAUAUUUCAGAUUGUAAUGUAUGUAUUCCACUUGGGUAUUAUAACUACAUUGCUCAGCGAACCUUUAGUAAAUAGUUUUACAACUGGUGCAGCAGUUUAUGUUUUAGUAUCUCAGAUUAAAGACCUACUAGGUCUGAAAAUACCAAGACAAAAAGGAUACUUUAAACUUAUUUUUACAAUGUUAGAUAUUUUUAAAGAAAUAAAGAAUGCAAAUUUAACUGCUGUGCUUAUUUCAUCAGUAACAAUUGCUGGUCUUGUAUGUAACAACGAAUUUAUUAAGCCAUGGGCAAGUAAAAAGUGCAGUGUUCCAAUUCCAAUCGAGUUGAUUGCAGUUGUAAGUGGAACAUUGAUUUCAAAAUUUUUCUGUUUGCCUGCCAAAUAUGACAUUCAAGAUGUAGGUGAUAUACCUACAGGAUUACCAACACCAGUAGUUCCAACAUUUGAAUUGUUGCAUCUGGUAGCAGUAGAUAGUAUUGCUAUAACUAUGGUAUCUUACACUAUAACCAUAUCAAUGGCUUUAAUAUUUGCACAAAAGCUCAAUUAUAAUAUCGAUUCAAAUCAAGAACUUCUUGCUAUGGGUUUGAGUAAUAUAGUAGGAUCCCUUUUUUCAUGUAUGCCAGUAUCAGCAUCUUUAAGUAGAUCUUUAAUUCAACAAACUGUUGGUGGUCGCACACAAAUAGCUAGUAUUGUAUCAUGUAUGAUACUACUUACUAUUCUUUUAUGGAUUGGUCCCUUUUUUGAACCCUUACCAAGAUGUGUUCUUGCAUCAAUUAUUGUUGUAGCCCUCAAAGGAAUGUUUCAACAAGCUAAUCAACUUGUAAAAUUUUGGAAAUUAAGUAAAUAUGAUGCAAUAAUUUGGAUUGUAACAUUUUUAAUGGUCGUGAUAGUCAACAUUGAUAUUGGUUUACUAAUUGGAAUAAUAGUAUCACUUGCAAUUAUAUUAGUACAAAGUCUUAGACCAUAUACCUGUUUAUUGGGACAUAUACCGAAUACAGAUUUAUAUUUAGAUUCAAGUAGAUUCAAAGCGGCGAUAGAAAUUCCUGGAGUAAAAAUUUUCCAUUAUUGUGGUACUCUAAAUUUUGCAAACACUAGUCAUUUCAAAUCAGAAGUAUACAAAUUAAUUGGAAUAAAUCCACAAAAAAUCAUAGAGCAUAACACUAGAUUGAGAGAAAAGGGCAUUUACAUAGACACACAAGAUUCAGAAGACAAACAAGAAAUACGAUGUAUAGUAAUGGAUAUGAGCGCACUAAGUUAUAUUGAUUCUAGUGGUGUAAUUACACUAAAUUCCAUGAUGAAAGAAUUUCAGCAAAUCGAUAUAUAUUUUUAUCUCGUAAACUGUACAAGUCCUGUCUUUGAGACUAUAAAAAAAUGUGAAUUAUAUUUGCACGGAACACUUACGUUCAAGAUUUUUGUAACUAUACAAGAUGCCAAAAUGUACUUAGAAAAGGAGCUUUAUUCCAGAUAA